UAUAAGCUUUCUCUAUGCAACUACUUGAAAUAUCAGAAUAAUUCCAACAUGCAUAUCCAGGAUAUUAAGAAUAUAUUUGAUUCUUUUGAAAGCUUUGAGAAAGCUCUCAAGGAAACCUUUAAUAAUCUUAAUGAAAAAUAUACUAUAGCUCAGCAGCUUAUAAAUCUCAAGCAGACCAAGUUAGCUUCUGCUUAUAUAAUUAGAUUUAAGCAACUUUCAGCAUAA